UCGGAGGUUCGUGUUGACCCGGAAAUGAACGACCUGCUGUGUCGAUGGGUCGGGGUCACUGGGCCCCAACAUGGCGUGGAGGAGCUGCUCUGCACUGUUCAGACUGACUGGAGAAGACUUUUUACGGAGUUCCGUGAAGGGCGACAGGUGGCCUCACAGUUUCCUGCGCAGAUGUGGCUUCAGAAAAGCCGCCAGAAAACCAGAAUCCAAGAAGGUGGAGGAGGAGCUGGCACCCCCCCACACAGAGUCCUCUGAGGCUGUGAUCCAGCGCCGGACCUCUACCCCACACUGUGACCAGCAGGCUCCACCCAGCUCCCCCCGGGCCUUCAGUCGGCUCAUCAGACCGCUGGUCUUCACUGUGGGGUUUACAGGCUGCUCCUUCGGCUCAGCAGCCAUCUGGCAGUACGAGUCUGUCAAGUUUCGAGUCCAGAGCUUCUUCAAUGAGAUCAGAGCUGAUUGGCUGGAGAAGCUGCAUCCUCAGAAACGAGGAGACAUCCGCAAAGAGAUCAACCAAUGGUGGAACAGCUUCAGUGAGGGUCAGAGGACGGUCACAGGGAUCAUUGCUGCUAAUGCCAUAGUGUUCUGCUGUUGGAGAGUACCGUCUCUGCAGCGCUCCAUGAUCAAAUACUUCACCUCCAACCCUGCCUCCAAGACACUCUGCUCUCCAAUGAUUCUCUCCACAUUCAGUCACUUCUCUUUCUUCCACCUGGCGGCCAACAUGUACGUCCUCUGGAGCUUCUCCACCAGCGCUGUCUCCAUGCUGGGCAGGGAGCAGUUCCUGGCUGUGUACCUGUCAGCAGGUGUUGUUUCCACCUUCGUCAGCUAUGUAAGUAAGAUGGCAACAGGGAGACUCGGCCCGUCUCUGGGAGCGUCUGGAGCCAUCAUGACCGUCUUGGCUGCCGUUUGCACUAAAAUGCCUGAAGCCAAACUCGCCAUCAUCUUCCUCCCCAUGUUCACCUUCACUGCUGCCAACGCUCUGAAGGCCAUUGUUGCCAUGGAUACGGCAGGUCUGGUGCUGGGUUGGAAGUUCUUUGACCACGCUGCUCAUUUAGGAGGAGCCCUGUUUGGAAUCUGGUACGUCCUGUUCGGUCACGAGUUGAUCUGGAAAAACCGAGAACCUUUUGUGAACCUUUGGCACAACCUGAGAACUCGAGGAGGGCCGGGAGGAGGAGGAGACCGAGGAGGCUCCGUGUGAGGCACUGAAACACCGGGACUGAUGGAGGGAAAAAAAAUUUAAAGUAAAUGAAUGUAAAGAUGUAUAAAAUGUACAGACGUGCAGAGAAGAGACAACUGCUGCAGCCCCUCUCAGGACUUAUGCACCAUUCAGCUUCCCCAGGACAGGUGUACAGGAAGCAUGUGAGAGUCAUGAUGUUUCACACAAAUACACCUGGAUUUAAAAUAAUAAUUAAUGUCUAUAUUUAUUAUAUAAUUUAUAUAUAAAAUCAACAGAUUUUAGUCAAAGAUGCCAUCCCUAUAUAAAUAAUUAUCUAAUAAUUUAUCAGUUAAUUAUUGGACCAGUGACAGGCCCAGUAUCAUUAUACUCCAUGUGAAGUUCCUAAAGACUUUAUUAAAGACAUUAAGUUCCGUUCAGAGCAGCAGUUUGUCCUCACACUGGAAGAAAUGAUCCAGACACUGUUUGAGAUUUUUACUUGUUUUUUUGUUGAUUAAAUAGUGAUUUCAGGCUCUAAUGAAAUGUGCAUGUUUUCUAUAGACCAGUGAUGGAGCUGUGAGUUUCAUGUAAAGAAAUAAAGAACAUAUCCAGGACAUGUUUUUUUAGGAGUUAAAACCAGCAGCAGCAGGAGAAGUUACAGAGUCACUUCUCUCUGACAGCUUCCCUUCUACAGUCAUUUCUCUUCUAACGUCUUUAUUUCUGCUUAUUUAUGUCUGUUGGUUUUAUUCAAAGUUAAAGAGUAGAAGCUGCUGGUUCUGAUGGCGAUUAAUACUGAUGCCUGCACUGUUCACUGUGGUCUAAAUGACAGCUGUUCUGUUCUGUUCUCUGAGUAUCAGCUUGUGAUGGGUUAAAAGUUGUUCCACUCAGACAAAAGAAUGUGUGGGAAGAAAAUACCAGAGGAAAAAAAGAACAGUGUAAAGUCCAAUCAGAAGUGUAUUUGGAGAAAACAGUGAGUUUAUAAAUCUGUCUUUUUCUGAAUUACACACAUGACUUCAGAUAA